AUGGCUGUUGAUGCAGGCGUGUUUUUUUCGUCUUGCUCGCAGGCUCUGCCACAGAGAAACGGAGUCGACCAGCGUAUGGGUUAUGUGAUGAAGAGGAAGAAAGAAAGUAAGGAAACAGAGGGAGGGCGGGCGGAAGAGAGAGAGAAAGAAAGGCGGGCUUCUUGGGUCGACAGAGAGAUUGGCAAUUCAGCUGGAGCUAGGCAGCGUUGUGUAUCUCAUUGGCGGCCCGGUAAUGGCUUGAAGGCCUUGAAGACGGCGUCGAAUCAGUCAGCCCUGAGCCGUGAUCAGGAGGGAGUAGGGCACAGUCUUUCCUCACGGGGGGAGGGGGGGGGAGGAGGCAGCCUGAAGCCGUGGAGAUGCAGAGCAGGAAGAAGCGGCCCUGGCGGCGAGAUAUCAAGGAUGUCUGCGGCGAGCAAGACGCAGCAGAGAGAGGAGAGUAGGGGAGAAGCGGAGGGGGGCGUCCACGUCCGCCCUCGAGGCCCGCGAGAGAGACGCAAGGAGGCAGGGAGUCCAACCAAAAGCGCAGCAAAAGCACUGGCCGUACCGGAAAUACGACAGCUGCGGCCCCGGUUUGCCCGCGUCCAUGCGUAA